AUGUCAAGAUUAAACGAAUAUCAAGUUAUCGGUCGUCGUUUGCCAACCGACUCCGCUCCAGAACCAAAGUUGUUCCGUAUGAGAAUCUUUGCACCAAACACCGUUGUUGCUAAGUCAAGAUACUGGUACUUUUUACAAAAAUUGCACAAGGUCAAGAAAGCCUCUGGUGAAAUCGUUUCAGUUAACGUCAUCAACGAAGCCAAGCCAACCAAGGUCAAGACUUUUGGUGUUUGGAUCAGAUACGAAUCAAGAUCCGGUAUCCACAACAUGUACAAGGAAUACAGAGAUGUCACCAGAGUCGGUGCCGUUGAAACCAUGUACCAAGAUUUGGCUGCUAGACACAGAGCCAGAUUUAGAAGUAUUCACAUUUUGAAGGUUGUCGAAUUGCAAAAAGCUGACGAUGUCAAGAGACAAUACGUUAAACAAUUCUUGACCAAAGACUUGAAAUUCCCAUUGCCACACAGAGUUCAAAAGACCAAGGCUUUGUUCUACAGCAACAGGCCAUCAACUUUUUACUAA